AUGCAUAGUCAGCCCCUAUCGACUUGUCUUGCUGAAUUUCAACCGAUCGAAGACAAACUUCGGGCGAAUAUUGAAAAUUGGAGACGUGAAACGAUUAAUGAAGUAAAUCAGUCGGCUGAUCAAUCGACUAGAAUACUCAAUGCACACAUUCACACUUAUCGGUCACACUUUGAUGAGAAGUCAUCGAAUUUGCUCAAUGCAUCAACAAAUCGGGAGUUUUUGCCGAAUCAAUUGGAAAAGUUACAAAUCGAAUAUGGUCGUUCACUGGCAGAUCUUCACCUUGUUCGACAUCACGAUCGAGGAUCGAUGUUAGAACUUGAAACGAGAAAUUCAACAAGAGAACAAGUAUCAAUUAGUUGCUCUUCUCAAGUUGCAACUCAAGAAUGUGGUGUUUAUGUACCGCAAACAGCGCUCGGCGAACGUCUCAUCCGAGAGCCUACCGCCGAGUCGUCAGUUGGCAGUUAUUGGGCAAUGGGUGGCUCGAGUGAAUAUUUGCUUGUACAAGAAUAUGAAACUAAUCAAUUAACAUUAUUCGAUCGACACGGUACGAGAGCCGCUUCGAUGACAUGGCACUAUAAAUUAGUGUCGAACAAAUUUCGACGCUGUACUUGUCGUCACGAUCGCCUAUUCAUUACCUACUGGGGACAGGAGAGUGCUGUCGAGUUAUUUCGAAUCAGCACUUGGGAAGAAGAACAACGUUGGUUGAGUCCUGUCACAUGUCGUGCGAACGAAUUAAUCACUUGCAUUCGACUCAGUUCCAAUGAUUUACUUACCUUGUGCAUUCAAGAUGAAAAUAAUCCAUGUAGUCGACAAUUUCGCUUCGAACUUCGAGAUUUAGCACUCAAUAUUCUUCACACUGUACCAUGUAGAGUUGAUACAGGCAUUAUCUCGCGUAUGACAGAGUUACCCGAUAAUAAUUGGGCUUUGUUGAAUGUGGACGACAGUCUUAUUUUUGUAAUCAAUGCACAAGGCGAACUUAUUGACAGAAUUGAGUGGCCUCAUGAAAAACUAGGUAAUGUGGCUGUAGUGGGCGAAAAUACAGUAGCUAUUCGCACAAGAGCCAAGAUCUUAUUUUAUGAUGUUCAAUUUCGUAGAGAUGGACAACGAUAA